AUCAGUUUUUUCCCAACCUUUUUAUCGUGAAGUUGAAUCUCUCAGAACCGCAGCCAAAUUCCAAGAAACUGACGAAAUUCUAAUAUAAUCUAUUUCUUUCUUCUUCAAGUGUAAAUUAAAGGUGUACAGAUAUUAAAGUUCUUCAAUAGAAAAGUCAAUUAAAAUCCCAUUAUAGAUUUGGCGCUAAAAAACAAUGAUCGAUUGCUAGUAGAAGUGUGAAACGCGAGUACCUAUUCUAACUUUUUUCUAUUCUUUUACCAACUUCCACCCCCUCUAGAUCCCACGACACUCAAGGUUGACUACCAUACAUCGUUUUAAUUUCUAUUUAUUUUUUUUCUUGUUGUUUGUUGUGUUUCAAUUCUCUUUUUUUACAAUUUACUUUUAUUGAACCCCCUUUGACAUGCAAAUACGUUGCAAAGCACCCCUCGUCGUCAGUGCAUCGUCGUCGUUGUCGUUGCAAUUUAAUUACUUAUAAUGUCGGAUAAUCUGGCCAUACGAUGGAUGCGCCGCUACAAGUUCUUCUUCCUAAUCGGUCUGCUUAUAAUAGGCUUGCAGGUUUUUCUUGCUUAUAAAUCUCUCGGUAUUCCUGACCUUAGUUUCGGCACUGGAAGUGCCAACCUCUUUUCUUCGUCCUCGUCAAUCGAUAAAUCGAAAUCGAAAAGCCAACAGAAUCACAAUUCUGUUGCUGACGAUGAGGAUUUGAAUGCUGUCAAGCGAGAAACAGUGAAUUCAGGUGGCCAUAGUGGCAACUUGAAUAUAGAUCAAUUAGGCUUUCAGCCAUCAUGUGAUAUUACAUCAAAGGAAGCAAUAUCGGCUCUGCAUAGAGCCAAGACGAAAGAAUGUCGCAAGCAAAUAGCAAAUGUUGCGUGUGCUAUUCAAUCGAUGGAAUUCUAUGCGCGACGUUUGCCAAACUAUUGUUUAAAUAGUAAUUACACGGCAAAUAAGCCACUUGGAUGUUAUCGAGACGAAAAGGAGUAUCGCUUGUUGUCGGGUUAUUUUACGAAUUUCAAAAGAAACAAUUCACCAAAGAAAUGCAUCCAGAUGUGCCUUCAAUCGGGUUUCCCCUAUGGCGGAGUGCAGUAUGGGACGGAAUGUUUUUGCGGAGCUGAUUUGCCACCAUCGGCAGCUAAGCUGCCCGAUUCGAGUUGCAAUAUGAAAUGUCCGGGUGACGCGAAGGAAGUUUGUGGCGGAUAUUUUAGCAUGAAUGUAUUUGAGACAGGAAUUGCAAAAUUCACACCACAAAUAGCUGAAACUGUUCCAAAGCCGGAAACCGAACGUGUCCGAAUCGCUUUCCUACUUACAUUAAAUGGUCGCGCUUUGCGUCAAGUACAUCGUCUAAUCAAAGCGCUCUACUCACCAAAUCAUGUGUUCUACAUUCAUGUGGAUUCGCGUCAGGACUACCUUUAUCGUGAGCUCUUAAAACUCGAAAGCAAAUUCCACAACAUACGACUGGCUCGUAAUAGGUUCUCGACUAUUUGGGGUGGAGCUUCCCUCCUCACAAUGCUGAUGCACUGCAUGAGUGAUCUUCUCGCAUCUGACUGGCAAUGGGACUUUGUGAUAAACCUAAGCGAAAGUGAUUUCCCCGUCAAGCCAGUAGAGAAGCUUGAAAACUUUUUAACGGCCAACAAAGGAAGGAAUUUCGUUAAAAGUCACGGUCGUGAAACACAACGAUUUAUCCAGAAACAAGGUCUGGACAAAACAUUCGUAGAAUGUGACACACAUAUGUGGCGCAUAGGUGAUCGAGUUCUACCUGAGGGUAUACAAGUAGAUGGAGGAAGCGACUGGAUCGCUCUAUCCAGGCCAUUUGUUCAAUAUGUCAAUAACAACGAAAACAACGAACUUCUAGAAGGUUUAUUAACAAUCUUUCGCCAUACAUUGCUACCGGCUGAGUCAUUUUUCCACACAGUCUUAAGGAAUUCCCAAUUUUGCCAAACUUAUGUAGACAACAAUUUGCAUGUGACCAAUUGGAAGCGAAAAUUGGGAUGCAAAUGCCAAUACAAACAUGUCGUCGACUGGUGUGGCUGUAGCCCGAAUGACUUUAAGCCAGAUGACUGGGCUCGAUUGCAGGGAACCGAACAAAAAAUGCUUUUCUUUGCCCGCAAGUUUGAACCCAUAAUCAAUCAAGCAAUCAUAUUGCAGCUGGAAGAGUGGCUAUUUGGUCCAUAUACAAGUGAAUAUGUGAAUUUGAAUUCAUAUUGGCAAAGUUUGUAUCAUCAUUCGGAUAAACAUUCAACCGCUGAUGAUCUUCAUCUAACCAUAGCCAACAGUAUUUUAAGGAUUAAUGGAAGAAAAAUGCAUUAUGGGAAAUUUUCUUUACACGAGAUUACGAACUUCUUAAGCAAUGACGAGUACAAAGGGUUCUUACUGCGUUAUAGUUCCCAGAGAUCACCAUCGAAUAUAACUGUUGACUUUGAGACACGAAUCAGACCGACACAGUAUCCAAAAGUAGCACGCACUUCAAAGUUCGCCAAACGUCUUCGUAACUUCGAAGUAAGCUCAGAUUUCGAUCAAAAGGAGCAGAUCUCAAGGAAUUACGCAAAGUUCCUUGGACCCUCCACCGAUUUAGUAUUAAGUUUCACCUUUAUGGGAUCAGCGCAUACUGAUAAUAGUCAUUCCUACAAUAUGACAGUACUGUGGAUUGAUCCAAUGGGAAUGUUGCAGGACUUUAAUGAAAUUCAUGUCGAAGAUACUCAAUCGGAUGCAAUAAAUUUCUCCAAAGCAAAUCUAAAACAUCCAUUAAGUCCUGGUAUAUGGACUGUCAAAUUGAUUGGACGCAUUUCCAUCUAUGCACAGACAAAAUUCCUUAUCUCGCCGUUUACCUUCGAACAUGGCAAAUUGAUUCGCCCGGAGCGAUCUCAAGUAAUACAUUUGGGCAGUCCCCAAGACAUAUCAUAUCCAACGGAUUGGCAGCAGCAUUUGCCACCAGCUGAGGAUUUCAGAAUAUUAAAAGAACUCGCUCAAGCGAAUGCCAAACGUACUGGCAGUAGUCUAUUGAAUUGGGUCGAUGACCUGAUUAGUAAGUUUUUCCUCAUUCGAGAAACGUGUGUUGCCAGCAAUGUGCCACUUAAAGAUCUAGAUUUGCCUCUAUGCAAAGAUACAGACUGGAGUUCGUUAGCUCCUGAUCCCAAGAGUGAUGUAGAUGCAUUGUUGCAUCGUCGGCGAAGAUAGGAACUAAAAAAAUCCAAAUACUUAGAUUAUUUAUUUAAAUGUUUUAUGUUUAUGGAAGAUAUUGUCCAUAUAAAUUUACCUGUAUAGUAUUUGUUAUUUUUCCUAAAAUUUUUAAUCCCUGAUCUUGUAAAAAAAAAAACAAAAAAUAUCUUUAUUCUUUAUGUUAAACUUUUCUUAGAAGAAUAAGCUUAAAAAAAAAACACAGAGGAAAAUGCAUUUGUUUGCUCUAAAUAGCGCAAUGUAUUUAUUUUUGAUAAAACAAAAAACUAAAAUUACUUAUAUUUUUUAGAUAACGAACAAAAUUUCAAGUUUAUGUACAAAGCAAGUUUUUACAAUGGCAGAAUUUAUGGAAAAUGAUUUUAUUAAUUUUACCCUAAAGAGCGUUAUUUUGGGUUUUUUGUUGAGGCCUUGGAGACGAUGUAUUUAAAACAGAUUCGCAGUUACCGAAUAGCUUAAAGGUCUCUCGAUCGAUGAUAAAAUGACUUUCGAUCGCUAACAAAAGGAUUCUUUAAUUCCUAGUCCAAGUGUUUUAAGUUCAAUCAAAGCGCAUUUAAAGUUAAAUCGAAUCAGGUAAUAAGCAAACAUUUUUAUUCACAAAUUCUGCACAAGUUUGUAUAAGUUUCCGAAAGUUUUCUUAUCUUGAUGUAGUUUUAAAUAACUUUUUAAUGUUUUUUUUUUCUUAUAUUUUCCGUAUUUUCUGCUCAAUAUCUUUAACGCAUUCAGCGCCAUUAGUGUAAUAUGUGAUAUAUUCUUAUAAAAUACGUUUAUGUACAGGUACAUAUACUUUAAAAAAAAAAAAUAGAAAUAUAUUAUUAAAUAAUAUUCAGACUAUUACUAAAUCUAUUUUAAAUAUUUUCAUUAAAAAAAAGUAUAUUCGUCAACAUUAUUUAUAUAUGUAAUAACUGUCUAUUUGUCUACUUAUCUACUUAUUAAUCAAUCCGAUUUUAUUUUAUGAUGUAUAAAGAAGGAUAUUUUAUAGAAUAAUCAAUUCGUAACAUAAAGCAAUUCAAAUUUAACCAAAAAAAAAAUUAAAACGAUAUAAAUAAAAAAAUACGUGGAGUGUAUGUACAUAUAUAUUUAAUAUUUCAAAUAUAUUCGCGAAAUUAAAUUAAAAAUGGUUGAACUGCGCAAAGCAAUGCAAGUAAUGUUGCCUGCAAGUAUUUUUAAAAUUAAGUGUUUUUUUUAAGUCAUUAAAAGAAAAGCAAACAAAAUUGUAAAUAACUAGCAUACAAAUUUGAUUUUAACAUUUAAUUUAAAAAUGAGCUACGUCACACAUAAAAAUUAAUUUCUUCUUGUCAUCUUUGUAAAGUUUAAUUGCAACUUGUAUUAAAACAUAUUUUAAAAUUAUGUUUUUAACAUUUCAAAUAUUAGUAGUUCUUCUGAUUAAAAUUUGAUUCGAAACAAAGCUCUCUAGCUGAAAAAAUGCUUAAAUUUUUCUUUUUUUUAUUAUUUUUGAAAAGAAAUACAGAAAAUCAAAUUUAAAAUAAAAAAGGAGAAAGGAGAAAUUUUCUAAAACAACCUAAUAUUUUUUUUUAGACAUUUAGGGAAAGAAGGGGCCUCGGAGGACCACUUAACGUUUGCCGAUUUGAUUUUUGUUUGUUUUUAAACAAUGAAAAUUAAGAAAAAUAAUUGCUAUCGCUACUUAAGGACUUUUCUUCUAAAAAAGUAAACAAUAACAUAAGAAAUACCUUUGGUGCUCUGAAUUUCAUAAACGGGGCACUUGUUCAUUACACCUGUAUGAUUUUUUGGACAGACCUUUUUAUCUUUCAUGUUUAUUUUAAAUUGUUAUUAAUAUUCUCUUUAUAUCAUUUUUUGUAUGUACUUCUACAAUCACACAAAAAGACCUAUGUUCUUUCUUUGUGCCUCAGUACAAAUAUCUUUUGAUUCAUCGACUCUUAAUUUCAAUAUUUCAUAAACCUAAUUGAAUAUAGGUAUAACCCUGAAAAUGCUAUUCACAAGAAACAGAAAACACGUACAAUCUCAAAAUGUUUUUUUACCUCUGGCGUCAUAGUUCAUCACAAUAACUAUUGCGGGGUACUAAAUAAUCUAAAGAUUAGUGAAUGGUUUUAAUUCUUAUAAUUUUCAAGAAAAUGUAAUAAAUGUCAAUUAAUAACAAAAAAACUUGUUACGCCUAUCAAUAUUCCUACCUUUCAUUCAUCUGUAAUGUGUUUUAUGAAAGGUUCAAAUAUGCUAUUUUAAAAUUUAAUUGGGAUAUAAGAAAAAAAUAUAAUUUUUUAUCAUUUUCACUCUUAUAAAUUAUAAACUCAAAUUUUUUUAUUGUUUCAUGUUUUUAUUUAAUUAAAUGUAUGUACCUACUUGGUUUUUUCUUAAAUUUAAAUUAUAUGAUGGCAAAAAUUUUAUUUUGGUCUACUGACUUAUUUAUUUAUUUUGUGUGGCCUUGUAUGUUAUACAAUAUACAUAUCUUAAGCAACAUGAACGAUUGGAAAGAACAAAAAAAUAAAUACAAAAAAAAAAAACAUACUCGUAAUUUAACAUCCUUGCUGUUAUAAAAUCAAA